GGGCAUGUGCUGAGGUUCUGCCCUAUAAAAAGCUAAAUACCACGCAGGACAGCUGAACUGCAAACAAACCAGUAUUUCAUGUGAAAGGGAGGACUGAGCUGUUCAGAGGUUUCAGGUUCAGAGCACUGAUAGAUGCUAAAACCCAAACCUUACCUGGAGUUUUAGAAGUGGUUUGGUUUUAAAGUUUAGAUUCUCAGUACUCGACAUGAGUAAGUUUCACGGUGAGCUGACCCAGAGGGAGCAGGAGCUGCUGAGAAUCCGCCGGGACAGCGACACCAAGGCUGCUGAACUUGCCAAGGUGGAGAAGAUGCUGCAGCAAACAAAGAACAUGCUGGAGAAGAAGACAGAUUUCAGUUUGGAAAGCAAGGGUUACCAGGAGAACAUGGUGGAGGACCUGGAGGAAAAGGUGCGCUCCACCAGGAGGUACAGAAGAAACUCCCUCCAUCACACACAGAUGCUAGAGAGCCAGAUGAAAACGGUGAAAGGCGAGCUGGUGGGCACACUGGACCAUCUCCAGGAGCUGAGGAAUGUCCUGCAGCGUUCCCAGCAGAAAGCAGAGGAGCGCAAAGCAGCCAUGGAGAAGCUGGCCGCGGGUCUAAGGUGAACAACGUCUUCUAGAGUCAACUUUUCACAAUUUCUUGCUUCAACACCAAUCAAAUCAUUCAUCAUCAUGCAAGGCUGUAACCCGUCUAUUUAUACCCCAUCUGUAAACUGAUAAAUUGAAGAGGAUGAGACUUAAGCUGCUUUCACUGUUUUUCUCAAUACGUGCGAAUGAUUUCAUGAUCCUAGACAGUAAUCACUCCUGUAUAUUUCUAUUAAAUAAACAGAUCAAUGCGUGAUGUACAAAAAAGAUAUUAGUCACUUAAUGUGUUGAAAAUCCGUUGUUCUGCAAUGUGAUCUCCAAGAUUUGUACUAAAGUCAGGUUCUGUUGCCUGCUUUGUUCCCUGAAGACAAAGAAGGGUGUUGUGCUGAGAUGUGAUCAGAACUCAUUUAGUCCAACCUGUUUCACACUGUGUCACAUGCUGUGGAAAGAUUUUUUAGGAAACUGACUUCAUCGUGACAUUGACUCUGUAUGAAUGGUUUAUACUAAUGAUGGACUAAUCCAUCCUGAAUUAUUGCUUCUGCAUGCUCAUAACAAAAAGUGUUGUCAUCUAAGGGAUUGUUAUAUUACCAGGUUUGUGCUUGUACAUGUAGCUAGAAAUAUGAAGUGAUGCAGAUUUGUGAUCUUUUUGUGAAAAAACAAGAUGAUGAUAUUGUGAAAUAAAACAACUGAGAUCCA